GCAGUACCGUGCGUCGCAGUAGAGGUAUUCGCGUGGUAACGUCGUAGCAAACUGUCCCUAAGGCCAACUCCGAAAAUAGAACUCAGAGCACUGACGGUGUUGAAGGCAAUAGGCUAUCCCACUGGCACAACACAAACAAAAACAAAACCACCUUUGAGUGCCGAUUUCACAGUUGACUUAACAAGGAGUAGCCAUGGAGCAUGAAGAAUUGCACCGUUUUGCAAGGAAAAAGCGAAGGACUCGCCUCUGCCUAAUCAUGGGUCUCUGUGCAGUACUUUCACUUGUCGUUAUCCUCGCUAUUUCUCUGGGAGUAGUGAACAGUCACGUACUGUCUAGUUCUAGCACAUCGAGUGAAAGCCUAAAAAAAACGAUUAUUGACAAAUGUGAAGCAUUUAUACAGAACAACAAAUCUUCAAGUGCAAACAACUGUCAAAAGAUAUGGAGUGCAUUUCAGCAAGCAUUCGUGGGGAGGGACCCAUGUAAUGUACCGAUGGAGGCCUAUGACCCCCUUAUCCAUACUGUGAUCCAGGAUCCUGUCUGUAACAGGAUGUUGUUCUGGAGCAAAACAAAGAAAAUAGUGCACGACUUCACAGAGAAGCGAGAUUGCUUCUUGACCCUCGAGGACACGCUACUCGGCUUCAUCAUGAAUGGACUGACCUGGUGUGGCAAGGAGGAGAGCAAUGAAACGUUCACCACAGGGUGCCCAGGCUGGACAGACUGUGUCAACAACACAGUUCGUUCAUUCUGGAAUCGGGCCUCAGCAGCAUUUGCAGAUGCCGCAUGUGGUGAUGUCACAGCCAUGCUGAAUGGAUCUAUUGCCACUCCUUUCAGCCCCACCAGUAUUUUUGCCACCAUUGAGGUGAAAAGGUUCAAAGCUGCCAAAAUUAAGAGCCUGAGUGUUGUCCUGGUGACCAAGGAGAAUAAGGGGACAACCUGUGAUGAUCCCUCCUUACAGGACCUACAGAAAGAGAUAGAUCCAAAACUCAAGUAUAAUUGCAAGGCGGUUCCUGAGUCUAAGAUCCAGUACUGCAUUUCCCACCCAGACACAGCUUGUGGCGCCUGCUGGUAAUACUGUCCAAUCAGCAGUGACCAAGGCGUGGUCGUCAAGAGUAUAAAUGGAUAUUAUUCCAUCAUGGAACCAUGAACUAAUAUUUGAAGUGUCAUCAAGCAGCCCCAGGCAUAGCUUCCAUUCGGCAUAGCUUCCAUUCUUUACAGAAGUUCUUACAAUUUAAUCAUUUCCAUAGUAUCUACUUUUAUCUUAAAUAACAAUUGCACCCUUUAGCAACCUAAUUUUCAUUAUCUCCAGCACAAUAGAACAGCGAUACCAUAGGGGAACCAUUUUCAUGGGAUGGUUCUUUGAAGAACCAUACAAAAAUUCAAAUCCAAAAAUGUUUCGGCCCUCUAGGACCAGAAUUUAAAAGCCCUGCUGUAGGUUUUUAAGCCUUAUUUGCAUAUUUCCCCACAUUAACUUUAGAGUUACCCAUGAAUGUGUUUGCUAGUGACAGAGAGAUGGCUGUUAUAAUAAUUUAUUUUCAGUCAUGUGGCCUUCAACAACUGAGAUCCUAAGUCAGUGGUCACUAACCAGUCAGUCAUCAAAUGGUUAAUCUCCAAGGCAUUUCUAGUCGAUCCUGAUUUUUGCAUUGUGCUGUUGGUGGUAGGUGCAUCCGAUUCAGCUGCCCUGUGUGCCGGGUAGGUGGAGUGUUGCAAUUUAGCACCAUUUAAUGUGUCCAAAGGUACAAAUCCGACUUCCCGGCGGGCCCAGAGAGCAAAUUAAGUGCACUAUAAGCCUAACGCUGGUCAAUUGGAUUUCUCAGAUUUGUCUGCAGCAACAUAGCAGGUGUAAAAAAAAAAAUGCUACAGCGAAGUUGAUACUGUGAGAUUUCAAAUCAUGACUAGAGUGAGACUGUCAUUGAAUACAGCAAAUACAGUUGAAGUCGGAAGUUUACAUCCACUCAGGUUGGAGUCAUUAAAACUCAUUUUUCAACCAC